AUGUCUUCCCCUUCCGAGUCCGAGGCAAACGAUGCCAUCCUAGUCAGCUUGGAAGAUGUGCGUGACUUCAACAAGGAUAAUUUGCUUCCGUUACCAGCCGAGGAUAUCAUCAAGAUCAGAAAAUGGCUACGACCAACGCCCUACGACCAGGAAAAAAGCGAAUUCUCCCGGCAUCUCGCGUCUCAUCUUGUGGGAACGGGCAAGUGGCUCAUAUCUACAGGAACCUACCAGCAGUGGCGCCAGAAUGAUGAUAAUGGAAUCUUGUGGAUCAAAGGCAUCCCGGGUUCGGGCAAGUCCGUCAUGGCUGCUUCUAUAAUUGACCAACUGCGAAAGGAAGAAGUUCCGGUACUUUAUUUCUUCUUCCGCCAAAUCAUUGACGCAAACCACCAGCCUGUCGCUGUAUUGCGGGAUUGGCUUUGUCAAAUCCUGACUUAUAGCCCUGCUCUGCAGUUGAAGCUGAUGGAGACAAAGGAAGAUCGGUCCCUCGAUAGUCUUUCCCUAGACGACCUCUGGAAAGAUCUCAAAUUCGCGUUGGCCUCUAUUUCUAAGGUCUAUUGUGUCACAGACGCCUUGGACGAGAUGGACCAGGGAAAUGAUGACUUUCUUCACGCACUUGUCAACUUCAGCCAGUGGCGUCCAGCAAGUGUCAAAGUGCUUAUCACUUCGCGCCCAGUAGUUACUGUGGAAAAUCCCCUACGAAAAUUUUCUAUCCCAUCUAUUCGACUGGAAGAACGACUCGUCGACGUGGAUAUUUCCGCCUACGUACAAUACAGGCUUCGAAGCUCGCCUAUCCUGCCUGAAUACAGAGAACUUAUUGAGAAAGCCAUUCCUGGUCGGGCAAACGGCCUAUUCCUAUAUGCAAAACUUUCGAUGGACGCCUUUCUAGAGCCGGGGGCUGACGCGCGCAAUGUUCUUGAUGCGCUACCAGCCGACUUGAGCGUGAUGUAUGAUGAUCUGUUGCGAGAGCAUGCCAAGCGCUCAAACAUCACUGAAGACCUCCAAUUACUUGUCUUGCAAUUCGUCAUUUAUGCUACACGCCCCCUUCGUCUGCUCCAAAUUGCCGAAAUGGUGAAUACCGUCUAUGUGCAAAGUGAAGACCAGAGUCUCAAGACUACCAAGGAUUUGGUAAGGGCUACCUGUGGUCCAUUAUUAGAAAUUCUGCCUGAUGAAACGGUUUCUGUUAUCCACCAUUCAUUUACCGAGUUCCUCAAAGGAUUUACCCACCCAGUUGAUAGCAGUUUCAGCUAUCCGGUUCUCCGGUCCGGUCUAACAAAUCAACGCCUCGCGAUCACAUGCCUAGACUACCUCAAAGCAAUUGAUCGCUAUGAUAAUAAUCCAUAUUAUCUUCAGCGAGAGACAAUCAAGGAAAUCAAAGUGAGAUACCCGUUUCUGGAAUAUGCAGCAGGCAGUUGGGAUGUCCAUACCCGUCGCGCUGUACUCGCAGGUGUAGACAUGUCACUUUACUACGAGGCGCUUGACAAUUUCUUUGCAAAGGAUCAUAUACUUGAAUCCUUGCUUUCUUUUACCCAUGGGAACGUUGAGCGGGGCAUCAGCCCUCUUCAUAUCGCCGCCUCGAGUGGCCUAGCUCAGUACUCUGCACACCUGUUCCAAAAAGGAGAUGCCGGGGUUGAGGCAAAGACUUUGAGUGGCAAGACACCAAUUUGGCUCGCUGUAGAAUCUAAUCACGCAGAAACUGUCCGAGUAUUACUCGAAUUUGGAGCCGAUCCUGAUGGGGAGGUUAUCAAUGGGCUAAAACCACUUCAUAAAGCUGCCGAACGCAACAAUGCUGAAGUGGUCAAAAUCUUACUUGCUGCAGGAGUAAAUCCGCUUACUCCCAAGACAAAAGAAACGCCCAACCCUGUCAGAAGAGGCAGAAGGAUUUCACCUCCAACAGUAGGGGAUACGCCAUUCAUGUAUGCAUGCAAAAGAGGCCAUGUUGAGACAAUAGCCGAGUUUCUGCCUUAUCUGGACUCUAUUGAAACCUUCAAGCAGGCACUUUCAUGGGCAGCAGAAUCAGGACAUGCAGCACUUGUGGAUCUUAUCCUUCGGCAUUCUGGAGUUGAUGUGAAUGAGCGAAUCGGAGACGGCACUGCCAUUUUCAAAGCUUGUAAAUCCGGGGACUACAAGACAAUCGAGGUUUUGUUACAGGCAGGUGCUGACCCAGACAAAUAUUCUUCCAAUUCUGGGAAAGCUUUAGCCAACGUUGGAUUCCCCGGAAGGAGCAGCAUAAACGACAAUUUCCGAGGACUGGGAAAUUUUACAGCCUUACAUGCCCUUUGUGGGUCUCGUCACGAGCAAAAUGCCCAAUGUAUGCUAGGGAGCUUGCGGCUUUUGCUUAAAGCGGGAUCUGAUGUCAAUUUGAGGGCUUUCGAUGGAUCAACAGCCUUGCAUCUUGCUAUUCAAUGGAACAUUGCGUUUAUCAAACCAUUGGUGGAUGCAGGUGCUGAUCCAAACAUCGAGAAUAACCUUGGAGCCACUAUACUGCACACAGAUGGAGCCACAGAUAAUGAGCUACUGCCCUUACUUGUGGAGACGGGUCGUGUUGACAUCAACAAGGCGAUGAAAGAGACUGGGACAAGGCCUUUACAUUUUCGACUUUCCAGUCCUCGUCCAGAGUCACUCAACAUUUUCUUAGCCUAUAAACCUGAUGUCAAUGCCACGGAUACCAAAGGCAAUAGUGCGCUCCAUAUGGAUAUUCCUCAUGAAGCCGUCUUUAAAGCUUUGCUAGCUGCGGGUGCCGACGUCAAUUUGAAGAACAAAGAUGGAGAUGUACCAUUACACGUUCAUCGUGCCAGGCGUGAGAAGACAUCCUGGCUGUUGAAUGCAGGGGCAAACAUUGAGGCCCGGAAUAAUAAAGGCCAAACACCGCUCUUCAGAAAUGUCGCUAAUGAGGAAUAUCUUCAGCUGAUGGUCAAUCAUGGUGCCCGGAUUGAUACACGAGACUAUAGGGGCCGAACUCUUCUGCAUAGGUGCAUUGAGUUGGGCGCUAAUACCAAGCUCCUGGGCCAUUUGGUAAAUCUUGACCUAGAUCCUGCCUCUGUAGAUUACGAGGGCAACACUCUUUUAUUCGAAUUAGCCCCGAAAGGCUCCACCCUCAAUAUCGACACUUGGGACUAUUUGUUGGAUUUGGGCUUGGAUAUCGAUCAAGCAAACAAUGCCGGCAGAACCAUGUUGCAUAUCCUAUGUAAUUACAAACAUAGUCGAGACAAGUGGAGCUUAGAACGGCACCCUCUCGGCUAUGCCCUUCAAUUGUGUGAAAAAUUGAAUCCUCGUGAUCAUGAUGGCAUCCAACCUUUACAUCUUGCUGCUUCGGUCUCUGAGAUAUACGUCUUCAAGCUUCUCGAUGCCGGAGCAGAUUUAUUCGGCGCCACGAACGGAGGUAUGACGGUACUCCAUAUUGCGGCUCGAGAAUGCCAGCCUGGUGUCAUUGGCAUUGUUCUCUCUAAAAUUGCAGACCUCGUAGAGGCGAAGCGCAAGGCGUUCAUCAAUCAGCAAACCCAAGAUGGAAAUGCAGCUCUCCACUAUGCUUGCCGAUCAGGUCGUCCUGAAAGCGUUAAAGUUUUGCUUGAAGCCGGUGCAGAUCCCAAUUUGCUAAACAAAGACGGCAAGUCUCCUUUUAGAGAAUGUGCUCAUUUCGAUGCAGAGGAACACUGUUAUUCGAAAUUGGAGUAUGAGGGUACAACUCGUCUAGAGGAGAUAUUUAACAUGCUGAUUCUCCAUGGUGCCAUUGUCAACGGCGAUAAUGGAACUCUUCAGAGCACAUUCGACGCUGCUGUGUCAUACCGACAUGAGUACAUUGUCGAUUCCCUCUUGUCGCUAUCCAAUCGCAUUCCUGGUGAGGAGCCCAUCAAGCACUCGAUGAGCGAGGACUAUCUCCUGUGCUCUUACCGUCUGGGAGCAACAAAGCUAGCAUUGAGAGAAAGCGGGAGAUUUCCCAAAGAUGACAGUCUCUCGGAGGAUUCGCUUGCCAAAAUGGAUUUCGACUUUGUAGAAAAGCUGGUUGCUUUAAGACACUACAAUCUGUUUGAAGAGAGAGUCUCGGAAGGAUUUGAUCUCGCCAAAGUCGACGAAAAUGGGGAAUCAUUCUUGCAUCGUCUUGUUAGCUUCGGUUAUAAGGACCUUCUUGCCCGUUUUUGCUCUCGUGAUGCUGCUUUGAAAUUUGAUGACCAUGACCAGUGCCAAAAGCCAGAAAAGGAUAAAGGAAAUGCACCGAGUCACCCGAGUCGUCCUCGAUUCUUCAUCAAACCCUUGCUGUUUGCUGCAUGCAAGGCUCAGCUGCCCAAUAUGGACGUUCUCAAAUUUCUCGUCGAAGAUAUUGGCGUCAAUAUAAACGUGCAACACAGGGAACACAAAGGUCUGUGCGGCAGUGUUCUUCACAGCCUCGCUGCCGGGCAUCAUUGGUGGCAUGUGGCCGAGGCUUUGCCCUAUCUCAUAAAGAUGGGUGCUAAUAUAGAGCUGCGCGACCGAAAAGGAAGGACACCAUUACACAUUGCUUUGGACUUCUUCAAGAAAGGGCCCUUCUAUAAGGAAGCCGCGAGGAUCCUUGUUGAGAACGGAGCAGAUGUCAACGCCGCAGACUCUCGCGGUAAAACAUGUUUGUCAAAAGCCGGUAAUGACCUGAAGAUGACCAAACUGCUACUCAAUCACGGUGCUGAGAUAACUGCAGUGGCUAUCCUUAAAGCAGUUAAAUACAGGCAGAUUGGGGUCUUGGAAGAAUUGCUUUCCCGAGGUGACAAUGCAAACUUGAGGAUUGAUGAGCCUGAGACAACCGAGGAACGCGAAAGAAGAGAAAUGUCGAGAAAGGGAGAAGUAAUGAAUGACAAUCAACUUUUCCCCUUGUUACAAGCCUCUUUGGGUGGCCCUAGGUUUGUCGUGGGGUCAGACAGAAAUGUUGAUCCGAGGCAAGUCAUGGCGGUACUUCUCAAACAUGGCGCAGACCCAUAUGCCACCUUCUUCAAAUACCUCAAAGUCGAGGUAGCCGGAGAGAGGUCUGACAAACCCAUGAGUAAUUCUGACCCGCAGGAAUGGGGCUUGACGUGGGAAAAAGAAACACACAUUGUGAUUCACGAAAUUCUCGCACACGGAGAAGUAGUCGAGCCAUUGUUCCACCUACCAAACUUGCAGCUUGAGCUUCGAGACCCUAAAGGUCGCACUUUGCUCCUUGCUGCUUUUGAGGGCAAGACACUGGGUCACACAAUUGAUGAUGGGCAGGGAUCCAUGAAAACAGUAUUUCAAGAGCUCCUAGACCGUGGGGCAGAUGUAACAGCGCAAGACAAUGACGGCAAGACAAUCCUUCAUCGCAUCAAGGGCCUAGACUCUAGGACUGAAAUCUUCAAGAUUCUCAAGGCUCUCCUCAAAAAGACUCCAAGCCUCAUCCACCUAGCUGACCGGGACGGUGAAACAGCCUUGCACCAUGCACUUCAACAAACAAGCUUAUCAUAUGUCGGCCCACCCUUCUCCUAUGGUCAACGUCCUGGUGUAUGCUUUGCGGACUACCAAGGUUUACUUCUGGAUCACGGCGCCGAUCCUCUCCUACCCGAUAACGCGGGUAAUACAGCGCUUCAUUACCUAGCCCCGGUAAUUACAUUCCCAGGCGUCAAGGAGUUAUUCCAGCGAUUCCUGGAUGCAGGCGUAGAUAUCAAUGCCCGAAAUAAGAGAGGUCUACCCAUGCUCUUCUAUUAUGUUUUGAACUAUGCUGCGAGUUCAAACUGGGUCCCCGGGGGCGGUAAAAAUCCAAGUCAGGAAUGGCACGAUCCUUUCUUCGAAUUGUUCAAAGACGCAGGGGCAGACUUCUUCGUGAGCAAUGAUGAGGGCACUACGUUGCUUCAUCUACUGGCUACCAUACAGACUCCAUGGAGUGGGCCGUGCGAACCAAAGAAUGUUGAAAAUGCUGUUGUGGGACGCUUCAAGUAUUUGAUGGAGUUAGGGCUGGAUCCUAUGGCGGAGGAUGCGCAGCAGAGAACCAGCUUGGAUAUUGCUGCGGCAUAUGGGAGUGAGCACAUCAUUAAAUUGUUUAAGCAGAAACUAAUGGAAUAG